GAUGGCAAUUGGGGACCAUGGUUUCCCUGGCACCCCUGUUCUUCAUCAUGUGGUGGUGGAACUAGGAUCAGACAGAGGAAAUGUAAUUAUCCACCGCCAGCUUAUAAUGGUAAAAACUGUGAGGGCUUGGCAGAAGAAGAUGACGAAUGCAAUAUUGACGACUGUCCAGAGGACGGUGGAUUUUCACUGUGGUCGAAUUGGGGUCAAUGUGAUGUAACGUGCGGAGGCGGAUAUAAAGCUAGAACAAGAGCAUGUGAUAGUCCACCACCACUGUAUGGUGGUAAAGAUUGUGAAGGAGAACGUGAAGAACUUAAAAGGUGUAAUGCAGCGAGACCAUGUCCAGGUACCAAAUGCUAA